UUGACAGACUGGACGUGUUAACGUCAUGUGACUUGAUCACGGGAAUGUUGAAGUCACAUGAGUGUGUUAGUCUACUUAAGAGUUUAACAGCCUGUUAUCAUGUUUAUUUCCACACCUGGAAAGAUGCAUCUUGUGUUGGUGUGUUUGCUUUUGGGGUUUUUGGAGGUUUUUGGAGCUCCAGAUGCAGAUGAAAUCAAAUAUCUGCCUGGACUUCCGAAACAGCCCAGUUUCAAGCAUUAUUCUGGAUACUUCCAUGUGGCGGACAAUAAACACCUCCAUUACUGGUUUGUUGAGUCUCAGAAAGAUCCAGCGAAGAGUCCGGUUGUUCUGUGGCUUAACGGAGGACCAGGAUGCAGCUCCUUGGAUGGUUUGCUCACGGAGCACGGACCAUUUCUGAUCCAGGAUGAUGGUGUCACUCUAGAGUACAAUCCUUAUUCUUGGAACAAGAUUGCAAAUGUAUUAUACCUAGAGUCUCCAGCAGGUGUCGGGUUUUCCUACUCUGAUGACAAGAAAUACACAACCAAUGACACAGAGGUGGCCCUGAACAACUACUUGGCUUUGAAAGCGUUCUUCCAGUUGUAUCCCGAGUAUGGUAAAAAUGAGGUUUUCCUAACUGGAGAAAGUUAUGCCGGCAUCUAUAUUCCCACACUGGCUGAGAUUGUCAUGGAGGACAAGAGCAUUAAUUUACAGGGUAUUGCUGUGGGCAAUGGCUUGGCGAGCUAUGAGCUAAAUGACAAUUCCUUGGUCUAUUUUGCAUACUACCAUGGACUUCUUGGAACCAGCUUGUGGAAUGCCCUGCAGACAUCUUGCUGCAAAGAUGGAGUAUGUAACUUCUACAAUAACAAGGAUCUGAACUGCUCUGUUAAUGUGUAUCAAGUUCAAAUUAUUGUCUACCAGUCAGGACUGAACAUGUAUAAUCUGUAUGCACCAUGUGCGGGAGGUGUUCCACAAAGAGUAAGCAUUGAAAAUGGGCAGUUCGUAAUUCGAGACCUGGGCCACCACUUCAUCAACCAUGACUGGUCAAAAGCGUGGAAUCAGAAAUUCCGAGGUGUGGCCUCCCUGUUUAAGUCUACGAGGCUUGAUCCUCCAUGCACCAACUCUACCCCAUCCACCCUGUACCUGAAUAACCCAUUAGUGAAGUCUGCCCUCCACAUCUCACCCAAUUCUUUGGACUGGGUCAUCUGCAGCGCUGAGGUCAAUCUGAACUAUAAACGGCUGUUUAUGGAUGUGAAGAAACAGUACCUUAAGCUUCUUGGAGCACUAAGAUACCGUGUGUUGGUGUACAAUGGAGAUGUUGACAUGGCCUGCAAUUUCCUUGGAGAUGAGUGGUUUAUAGAAUCGCUCCAGCAAGAGGUUCAGGUGCAGCGCAGAACUUGGACUUAUUUCAAUGGUGACACUCAGCAGGUGGGCGGCUUCGUCAAGGAAUUUUCCAACCUCGCUUUCCUCACAGUGAAGGGUUCAGGCCACAUGGUUCCCACUGAUAAACCCAUAGCGGCCUUCACCAUGUUUACCCGCUUCAUCACCAAGCAACCUUACUAAUCCACACUCAGGAAUUUUUACUUUCUUUUAAAUCCAGAUUUGCACUGACAUAGGUUAGAGGUUUCCAUAGUUGGACCACUGACUAUAUUAUGUCUUUGUUUUCUCUACCACUUUAUCAUCAAAAAUGAAUCAAAUUUUCCACUUUACACUAUAUGUAGUUUGAAUUGCUAGUCUUCUGAAUAAGAUUAUUAGAUCAUAAUGGAGUGUUCGAGGAACUCGCAGCUUAAGAUGAUGUUUAAGACACCUGUUUGCAUCUGACGAAGUGCGAUUUGAUUAUUUGCGAAGCUGCUCUGUGUUUGUCCAUUUAAACUGAAUCAGAUCUAUCCAGAAUGAGUGGAUGCGGACCAUAAGCCAUCUAUUGCACAGUUUUAUCUUAUUUUGUCAAUUAAAUGUGAAAUAGUAGCUUUGUAUCUUUUAUUUUUUGAAAAUAUUUUGGAGCUGUAUUGAAUUUUCAUGAUCACACAAAGAUUGUCAUGAAUAGAACCAAUUAACACCUCGUUGCACUAAUUGUUGCCUUUUGUUCAGAUGUAAUUGUCCUCGUUUGCUUAAUGUUUUUUUUAAAAUGAUUGAUCAUACGAACUGUGGUAUGUUUGUGCUCACAACGGAAUAAACUUUGUGCCUUUU